AUGAUAGAGCGUACUGCAGCAUGCAUUGAACCAGCUUCCCAACUCUUUCUCCGACGCCUCGAGCCUCCUGUUCGCACACACCGUGCGCUUGGUCCCUCUUUCUGGAAAAAUGGAGGCAACCAGCUGGACGUCCCUCACUGGUGGCCAUUGUACCUCAACAGCAUCCGAGCUCUUCGUCCAAAUCCACCUGGCGGCGAGUCCGCUCUACCAUCCCCGAGACAGUCCUCGCUAAACGAUCUCGUCGAGAUCCCUCGUCGAUCGCGAGUGCGAACCUCAACAUCCGAUCGAUAUUCUGCCGGUCCUCAAUCCUCAUCCUCUCGAACCUAUACUAGAUCCACGAAGUCUUCGCACAAAGCUGUUGCCGUAGCUAUCAGGGAAGAGGAGCAUUUGGGAGAUGUACUUCUUCGCUAUCCACAAUCGGAUCUUCCAAGACAUAUAAUUGAGGACGCUGCAAGAGAAAGCGACGAUGGUGCGGUUACCGCAGACGCGCAUGAAGAGGCAUGGAACGAACACUCCAUUCAGGCCAUCAGUGAAGCAGAAAAACACCUCUUACAUAUUCUUGAUGUCAAUAAGGAUGUGCAGGCAGAGUCGCAAAGCGCUCAUUUUGACCGUGCUUGGGCCUUGUUCAACCAGAUUCCGAACCAGCAAGCUUACGCACCUGAAGUCUUCCAUUUCCUUUCCAAGUCGAGCAGGAGGCGGGACCAAAGUCACGCUUUAAGUGCCUUCAGACUGAUCGACGAAGAGCACAGGACUCGAGAUGAUUAUGAGCGAGCUGUUCGAUGCGCAUUAAUCGCUGGCAACUACCGUAUAGCUUUGAGAAUCAAUGCUCGCGCCACCCAACGGAAUAUGCAAAAGGGCUGCAGUGUAUUCCUCUUAUUGCAUGCUGUCUCAAACCAGCUCUGGAACACUGCUGCUUCAGUAUGGGACACCUCUUUCAAACGAGUUCCUUUUCGCGCAGGGCAAACAUCUCCGACUCGCCUUGCCAUUGCAAAGGAGAUAGGCAAUUACCGCGAUCUACCAUUCGCAAUCUAUCAACUCGGAACAAAGCUGCGGGAGCGGGCAGCAGUCACCAUGAAGCAUUCAGGAAUUCUCUCAACACUAUUUCACGAGCUUCUGAAUGCCCUAGUCAGAAAUGGUACACUUAUGAGCAUUGUCACACCGCAAGGACUGCAGCAUCUGUUUCAACUUUCGAACGACCUCUCCCUAUCGAAUCCAUCUCUUUAUGUCACUGCCAUCCACACCAUCAACAAAGUCGCCAUCAGACCGGACAGGGGAACUUUGGCUGAUCUCGUGUAUAAAACACUUCGGUCAAGUUUCCCGGAGGUACCUCCACGACCCCAGACCUUUGGUUCGUUGCUGUCGAUACACUGCCGUGAAGGAGCUCUCGUUGAAACGUAUAACCGCUAUCUGGACGAAUUUUCAAAAUUCCACGGUGUUGCAGAUCAAAAGAGUUACCAGAAAGUCUUGUCAGCCCUGGCUGCUCAGGGCGACGUCGACGGUGUCCAGCAAGUAUUCAUUCGGCUUUGUCAAGCCCACUCCCGGCCUACUGAUGUGGCAUACUAUACGCCUCUCCUGUAUGCAUAUGCUCGCUUGGGAGAUGUGCAAGGGACAGAACAGGAGUUUCAGUCGAUGAUCGACCAUGGAAUACGCCCGAACUCUUAUUGCUGGAAUAUCCUUCUUUAUGCCCACUCCAGAUCUCUCAAACCUUGGCGGGCUUUUGAAGUCUUUGACAAGAUGAGGGCUGAGGGUGUUGCGCCGGAUGCGUUCACCUUUACAACCCUGAUGGGUAUCUUCUCAAGAAUUGGUGACACCGAUACUGUGCUCGAUAUCCUUGAGCAAGCCCAGCGAAAUAAAGUACAAGGGUCAUAUGGACUGGUCACUGGUCUGAUACAAACAUACUGUGUCAAUGACCAAGCGGAGGCCGCCGAAAGGCUAGCUGAAGCAGCCACCGCUGCCAAUCUUCAGGGUUCGCCUGUCACAAUGUGGAAUUAUCUACUACGUCACUACGCCUUCGCAGCAGAUUCUGAUGGUAUGCUCCGUGUUCAGAAAAGCAUGAGUGCACUGGGAGUCGAGCCGGAUGCCAUGACUCACGCUGCGUUCAUGACAGCGCUCGUGGUUCUGAACAAGACUCGGGAUGCGCUUCAGAUACUCAGGACUUUGAGCUUGAGUCAGACACUUGCCGCCACACCCUUUCACUAUGCCAUCAUACUGCACGGAUUCGCAAAAGAAGGUGACAGAAAUAUGGCCAAUAUUGUUUACCAAGAAAUGGUUGAGAGGUUUCCUAGGAUCGGCGCCAGUCCACGCCUUGCGAUGCUACAUCUUCAGGCUAGUCGAAAUUCUAUCUCAAAUGAGCGGCCACGAUUUGCUGCUCAGUAUUUGGAAGAGAUCCUACACGAGCUCUCGACGCCGGAUCGAGCAGCACGUCAACCACAACCCGGUCUGCACCGCCGUCGAGGCGUCGAUGCUGUGCCAACGGUAUAUCUGGAGUAUCUUAUUGACCUUCUUACGGCAAGAGGUCAGAUCAAGCACGCAGAAAAGCUCAUUCAGAGAUUCCAAUCUCUCGCUCAGUCGUCCUACCUCAUCUUAGGCGAUGCUGCUUCUACCUCGAUCCAGUUUCUGACUAGGCGCUUGAUGGUCUCAACUGAAAAUCAUGCUUGGGAGGAAGUCGAGGCCACUUGGAAACAAAUACUUGAAUGCGGUAUCCAAACAGCAAGAAGGUUCUCCCGUGCAACCAGAAAGCAAGUCCCUGGGGAAAAUACGACCACUGACACCCAGCAACUUCUGCCGCUAAGGCCAAUAGGUCUACCCGACUCUUCGCUGAUCGGAAAGGAGGACUUCUCGUUCGAGUCGAUGAUUCCACAGAAUCUGCCGCCCUCUGGUCCAUUGAAUGAGCCCGGGCUGGCGAUCCUUCCCUCGCAAAAAUACAUUUUCGAAGCACCGUUGACACGGUACCUGCACGGUUUGUCCGUCCGCGACCUCCAAUCUCGUGCUGUAACCCUCGUGGCUGAGCUAGAGGCAGUUGGUUUUGCAUUGACCAGUAAGAAUUGGAACAUGUAUAUUCAAACCUUGACACUGUCGAAAGAUCAACAACACUGGCUCCUUGCUUAUGAACUCUUCGAGCAGAAGAUGAUUGCCAAUACUCCGCCAUGGUCGGUCUUACGACGUGGGAAGUGGCUGUCAUCCAAAACAUCCCAGGGAUCGCCUCCAAUAAUCGUUUCCCGGAAAUAUAUUGAGAAAAAGGAUCCGGGGCAGCUGAUGCCAACCUAUUACACUGCAGUCCACCUUGCCAGCGUCCUGCUCAAAGCAAACAGACUUGCCGCAGAGGGCGACAAGGCCACAUACACCGCUCUCCGGAAGACCGCUCCCCAAACCUGCCGCUUUGUCCAAAGCAUGCCCUACCAUAGGGACCGAAUACAAGGGGUGCUCCUUCGUGGGAGAAAAGUCAGGGCAGAUCCGCCGAAGCGUCCUCGGCAAUCCGCAGAGCCGGAUCGGUCUGGUGUAUUGGGAAGUAAAUCACCGGCAGACCACAUCCCCGUUACAGAACUCGUCGGGUUUGAGGACGCUAUAAUACGCAACAUAGGCGAUAAGAAGUCAUCUAGUGCCAUGACGGAAGCGCAUGAGAUACACCAGGCAGAACUAUAUGAAGGGCAAAUCCCUGUCUCCCCGAGCGUGAACUACAAACAGAGGGACCUACAAGAUGCAAAACAAACCAAGCGUCGAGAACAGCACAAGGAGAGGAAGCACCUUGGGAUAUUGGAGAAGAUCCGACGUGAUGUGUCACUCCCACGCACAAUUAGCGACGCAUACAUUGGUCAUCCAACGAUUCCCUCAGGAGAGAACCUGGCUCGGACAGGAACUCCGCGCUCAGGAGGACGAGGUCUCUAUAACCCUGUUGAUCGACGUCUGGAGCAGAACGCUCUUACCAAAAAGGAACUCCGUGAGCAGCGACGGAUGGUGCCGUUACCAGUUCACCCGGACUUCAAGUAA